AUCUGUGCCGUUCAAAAUGACGAAUUCUUCGGCGGCAGUCUCGACAGCUUAAUUUGCAAGUUCCUUGAAGUGGCUCGGGCGAGCAUGUACUGCUUUAUCCGCCGUCAUUUUCCCUCUAUCCUUUCAAAUCGUAAAGCCGUGACUUAUGGACUUAAAACAGCCAAGGCCUAUUCGACAAUGAAGAACAUUCCUUCAAGGCGGCGGAUUUGGGAGCAGACGCGAGCUUAUAACCGGAGCCAAAGCACUUUCUUAGCUGCUGGUUCGUUAAGAUCUAGCUCUGCAACUCCACUGGCUGCCAUGCGUCGAAUUCAUGCAAGAUCAUUGUCCUAUUCAUCUAUCCCCAGAUUCGUUGCGAGGGCUUUUAGAGUGCCCAUUGCUGGCGCCGCGGUUGGUGCUGGUGGCCUAGGAUAUGCGGAGUACAGAUUUGAAGAAUUUCGCAAAGAAACACAGUCUUGGAUGAAUGCCGUGCAAGAUAGUGCAGUUGACCUCUUUGAUUCUGCCACAGACAGAGUAAAUAAGGCCAGGACGCGUGUUUCCGGCAUCAGACUUCCUGAAUUCCAGGCGCCCAAGUUCUUGAAGGACUUGUUUACUGAGGGCGAUCAAGACAAAACCGGAAAGAACCAAGGAGAGCAUGGAAAGCGAGAUAAUGACGGAAGCUCUGACUCGAAACAGCGACCUCCGUCCGACAAUGCUACUAUUGCAGCUUUGUUAGCUGCGACCAUGUCUUCCCCUUCGGAUUCAAAGACUGGAAACAACGGCCAACUAGAGAGCCAGCCAAAUGGCUUGAUGAACUUAACGAAGAAGUUGAUCGAAAUUCGAAGCAUGCUUCUGAGUAUCGACCAGAACGAUUCGCUGAAGCUGCCUAGCAUAGUAGUUAUCGGAAGUCAGAGUUCUGGGAAGAGCUCUGUGUUGGAGGCGAUCGUGGGGCACGAGUUUCUCCCUAAAGGUAAUAACAUGGUUACUCGCCGCCCUAUUGAACUCACUCUUGUACACACCCCAACACCUCCCGGCGAAACUCCUUCCGAAUAUGGGGAGUUCCCUGCUCUUGGAUUAGGCAAAAUUCACUCCUUCACCGACAUUCAGCGUACCCUUACCGACAUGAACCUGGCCGUACCUGCUUCAGAAGCUGUUUCGAACGAUCCCAUCGAUCUUCGCAUAUACUCUCCCUUCGUCCCUGACCUUACUCUUAUUGAUCUUCCAGGCUACGUCCAGAUUGCCUCUUUGGACCAACCUGAAAGUCUUAAAGAGAAAAUUGCUGGACUUUGCGAUAAAUAUAUCCGUGAACCCAACAUUGUACUAGCCGUUUGUGCAGCGGAUGUCGAUCUUGCCAACAGCCCGGCUCUCAGAGCUAGUCGCAAAGUUGACCCAUUGGGGUUAAGAACGAUCGGUGUUGUCACCAAAAUGGACUUGGUCUCUCCUGAAGAGGGUGCCGCCAUUCUGGGAGGUAAUCGCUAUCCGUUACAUUUGGGUUACGUAGGAGUCGUGACGAAGGCUAUUGGGAAGAACAAAUCUGAACGUACGGGUGAAGUGGUCAAACGAAGGGAGGACGACUUUUUUGGAGCUCAUAAGGCCAUCUAUGGGUCAGGCUCACUCAUGGUCGGAACCAGUACUUUACGGAAGAGGUUAAUGGAGGUUCUGGAAUCAUCGAUGGCAUCGUCUCUCCAUGGAAUAACGAACGCUGUGCAACUUGAAUUGGAGGAAGCUACCUAUCAGUUCAAGGUACAGUAUAACGAUCGGAGAAUAACAGCAGAGUCGUACGUGGCGGAGACGAUGGAUGUACUCAAAGCUCGUUUUCAAACUGCCAAGGCAGAAUUUCGUAAACCAAUCAUCCGCGAAAAACUCAAGAUGAUGUUAGACGACAAGGUCAUGGACGUUCUGGAACAACUGUAUUGGCUGGAUAAGCGCGCGAAAGAACUAGGUGAUCUGGCCGUCGAUUCGCGGGUCAAGGGUCCUGAAGACGUAGAUUCUUACUGGAAGCAUAAGUUGGAUGCGGCUGGCAGCCUUUUGACGAAAUCGGGAGUCGGGAGAGAUUCCACGUUACUGGUAGCUGAUGGGCUGCGAGCGAUGAUUGAUUCUAUAGCCUCGGGGGAACCGUUCACAUACCAUUCGCGCGCAGCCGAGCGGCUCAUUUCAUUCUCACAUGAUAUUCUGCGGGACAGGAUUGGUGUCGCUGCUGAUCAAGUCGAGAAUUGCAUCAAACCCUACAAAUAUGAAGUGGAGGUGGAACCUCGGGAAUGGGAGCUGGGAAGAGAGCGAGCAAUAGGCUUAUUCGAGAAAGAAAUAGCCAUGUGCGAAGGAAAGCUCAAGGAUAUCCGGAAGAAAGUUGGGGGAAGCAGACGAUUGGGAGCCUUGGUUGGAUAUGUGCAAAAUCUAGAAGAGAAGGAGAAAGAGCGCAAAGAAAGGAAACUCAGAGCAGUGACAGCUAACUCCAACGAUGAUGCUGCAGAGGAGUUUGAAGAACCUUUGGCAGAGUCUUACCGGUUUCCUGCGGCUCAAAUUCUAGAUGCCAAGCAUGCAAUGCUCUACACUGAUCGCAUAUCCAUUCUCAAGCUUCGUACGGUGGCCCUUAGGUCCAAGCGAUGUAAAGCAGGUCCAGAUAACGACGUUUUCUGUCCGGAAGCUUUCCUGAACGUUGUAGCGGAUAAGCUAGCGUACACAUCAACCAUGUUCCUCAAUAUCGAAUUGCUGGACCAAUUUUUCUAUGAGUUUCCUCGUGAAAUUGACUCUAGACUGUUGUAUGAUCUCGAUAGGAAAGAAAUUGUCGAAUUUGCAAGAGAAAACCCGAUCGUACGACGGCACCUAGAUCUGCAAGAUAGGAAAGACAAGUUGGAAGAGGUCAUGAAGCAACUUAACAGCUUGUCGACCUUGCGCGCCGAUCCACAACCCAAACCACGUCGCAAUCGAGGACUAUUUGGUGGCGUUUUCUGAAGUGCAGAAAUUCCAUUGCUUCGCAUCAUAUUUCGUAUUGGUCUUCACGCCUGUACAUACUCUCCACUCACUCGUGUUUAUGACCUUUUGCGGACAUAGAGCAUUUUAAUCUAAGAAUAAUUAAUACAUGGUGGUAAUACAAACA